AUGACAGAACUUGAAAAGUGUUUCGAUAAUUAUGAUAAUGCAGGAGGUACUGUUUUAAGGGCUUAUCAAGGUGUAUGUAUUCUUUUCCAAUUCUUUACAAUUCGUUUAGGUCAGGAAGAUGGUUCAGUAUGGAGUUCGUGGACUCCGUGGGGCAAAUGUCGGAAGUGGAGAAGCGAAGACCCACAGCCUCUGAUGAAGAGACAUCGGAUGUGCACUGCUGAAAAUAUAGAUGCUUGCAUUACUUUAACGAAUGAGCAUGCUCCUUUUGAAUUGCAAAGUAGACCUUGUACUGGACGGAAUUACAAGGUUGCUUAUUGGAGUAGAUGGAGUGAAUGGACAGCCUGCGUUGCAAAUGGGAUUGGAAAUCAACAAAGAAGUCGUACGUGCAAAGGAGACAGAGAAAUGGCACAUAAAUGUGUCGGACCGCCUAAUGAAGAUCGUUUGUGUCUAAGGAUGGCGACGGAGAACCGACAAACUUUAAAUUUUAAAAUUAUCAAUUUGAACUACCGCUACAGAUUUGAGCUGCAAAAUCCAAGAAAGAUUUAUUAUUACUACGAACUCAUUGGUGAUAGUUAUGCAUAUCUUCCUGUAGACGGAACAAGUCCUUGGUAUGAUCAUACUACAAAUACUGUCUACGGUAAUAUUGGUCUUGCUAUGGCAAAGCAUGGAAGACCAGGUGACGUAGCUGCGCGUAAAUCAGACAUGAUUGCGGGGACAGGCGUCGCAGGUGGUUGUUUUACAUUGUGGUUUCAUAUGUACGGUAUUCACCAAGGUUCAUUUAGUAUUCACAUAAAGUCUCAGGAAAGAGAAAAAGAGCUGUUCAUACGACAUGGUGACCAAGGCAAAUAUUGGGUUCCUGUUGCUUUAGCUAUUAACAGCCCAGCCCAAUUUGAGCUGGCAAUAAAGGCCACCCGUGGUAAUGGACCUUUGGGAGAUAUUGCUGUUGAUGGGAUAUAUUAUUAUGCUGCAAAAUGCAUCGGAAAUACAUCCCCAAGACAGAGCACUUAAGCUUCAAGUUAUUUUCAAGUUAUCAUCUAUGGAUCCAUAGAUAAUUUAUUGAAAAAUCAAUCUAUUAACUAUGUUUUCAACAUAUAUAAUUUUUUAACGUAUUUAAUAAAUAUAUUUUUAACAUGUUUAAACGUGUUGAAUGUAUAUUUAUAGGCUACAUGGUUAAAAAAUAUGUAUAUUUGAUAAAAAAAAGAUAAAA